AUGUCUUAUCAGGAGAUCUUACUGCAGCCGGAUGGACCGGGUGGUUUGGAAAGGGUGGGAUUAAUAGAGUUAUCCGAGUCGAGAACAAAGAAUCGUGUGCGGAGUAGCCGAAACCAGAUCGAGAUCGAGGUCAUUUCAUAUCCAUGCCGAGGAGAGGCUCAGGUCGUGAGCGCAUUUGGCAAAGCCAGAAUGCGCCAGAGUCAUCACAGUCAUUUGGGAGAGCUGUUUAUUUCGGCAGAGGAGGGAGAGGGCCCUUUGGAGGAGGUCCAGGGCAGGGAGGGAACUGAGCGCCGACGGAAGGCAUCUUGGACAGAGUGGUGA